AUGAAUAUCAAAGUUACCUACAAGUGUCUACAGAGCGUUCAAGAAGCUUUCUCUCAGGUGAGAAGUGAGCAACUGAGCGAGCGCAGCGGCUUAUAUAGUGCGUCCAGACGUUCUGUUGCUAUGGCCCCGGCGCACGACGCACCUCCUGACCCAUCAGAUGCUAUAAAAAGAUGUGCUCAUUUGCUUGUUUUCAAACAGAUCUAUCAGUCAUGGCUGGACAAGUCGACGCCGUUCUACGCAGUGAGAUGGGCUGCGACUUUACUACUGACAGCUAUCUACAUGAUCAGAGUGUACAUACUACAGGGUUGGUAUAUAGUAACUUAUGCUUUGGGAAUCUACCAUCUCAACCUCUUCAUUGCUUUCCUAUCGCCAAAAGUGGACCCAUCGCUGCUUGAUGAAGAUGACGGUCCAGCUCUUCCGACCAAGCAGAAUGAGGAAUUUCGUCCAUUCAUCAGGAGGUUACCGGAGUUCAAAUUCUGGCAUUCGGCGACAAAAGGCAUCGUCAUCGCCAUGAUUUGUACAUUUUUCGAGGCCUUCAACGUGCCCGUGUUUUGGCCUAUUCUGGUCAUGUACUUCAUCAUGCUCUUCUGCAUCACUAUGAAGAGGCAGAUCAAGGUAAGGGCUGCAUUCUCCUCAUUCCACAGUGUACUAUUACCGUAUUAAGAUCACAGUAAUAAUGGACUGUUGUGAAAGUGAACAAGUUUCUUCAAAGUGCUACCAAGCAUUUCACAUUUUCAAGUUUUAGUGUUAUAAUGUCUGUAAAGAGAAAAAAAAUCACCCUUUUACUUACACUUAGUCACAUCAUAGACUAGGGCCGGUGAUAUGGGAUAAAAAUAAUCACGUUAUUUGUUUUGUUUUUUCCCCCAUAUUGAUCAGUCUCGAUUUUCAAUUUGAUCUUCCUCCAUUUUAUUAAAAACGGGCAGGUGGAGUUCAGGGAUAAUGGACAGAGUGUCAGGAUCACUAGUUUUUAUUUCGUGUUGACAGGACCAAUAAUAAUUCUGAAGAAAGGUUGACAUGAGUUUGUACAACAUUUUAAUGCAUAUGCGCAUUACCGUAAGCAACAGAAACACAUGCACAUGAACUACUGCACACUAGUUAAGCUUCAUUCAUAAACUGUGAGAAAAUAGUUGUUUACUUGGAUUAUAAUGCAAAAGAAAAAGCAAGGAGCUGUCUUGCCUUAGCACUGAGAUUGACCAAAGUAGAGAUCGCAAUCUAUUGAUCUUUCAAUUUUGGCACAGAUCUACCAUAGACUUUAUACAGUGUUGGGGAAAUACCGUAUUUUUCAGACUAUAAGGCGCACUUAAAAUCAUUGAAUUUUCUCAAAUCGUCAGUGCACCUUAUGUAUUAAAUCUGUUUGUGCUUACUGUCCUCAAAACGAUUUUAUGUUGUACACGGUGCUCAAAAAUCUGUCAAAAUGUUUUAGUACAACUAUGUUAAGCUAUGAAGCCGCACCGCUUGGAUUGUCGGAGCAUUAUGGCUACUGUAGUCAGGAGCCUCACAGAGUAAAGGGAAAAGUAUAUUUCUGUGUCUGCAUUUAUGACAUCAGUGAAAUGCUGCAGAGAACAUAUGUCACAGUAGAUUUGUCACAGAGAGAACACACAUUUUCCACUGACUCGUGUCCUUUAGUCUGACAGAAGGUGAUCGCAUCAGCACACAAGGAGCGAGCUGUUUUUUCAGAGCUUUUAGUUUACGCAAAUGAGUCAUGUGGUUUUAAGUUUUGUUUCUGUAAAAUGUAAACAAAUGUGCACAAAGCUGCAUUAAACACUUUAUUACUCAAUGUAUAUUUGAG